AUGAGUUUGAAUGGAGGUGAUCCUCGUACAUAUAAAAAAAUGUCCGAUCAUAGCGCGAACGAUACUGUUAAGAAUGACUACCAGCAAGAAACGUCUUUGACAUCAACUACUGCGAACACAAAUGAUUCUGCUCAUCGAAUAAAUACUUUCUCGUCAUCGAGUACAACUGAAACAUCUAAUCAAUCUGUAAAUGAUCAGAAAAGGUCAUUCUCAUAG